AUGACCAAAACUUCAAACUUGAAUCAACUCUUUUUACUUCAUAUUCGUCUGGACAUCUUGACUAUGCUCCUCAAAUUAGUUGAAUUUCAUCCAAAUUCUUUGAUUGAGAUUCUUGAACUUGAUCCCUCUUCAUCAAAUCCUCAGGAAUAUAUUAUGGAAUGGGUCUUUGAUUUAUUGAUUAAUACAUCUUCCUCUCUUUGUCCUUGCUACUCUCUACUCUGGGUUUUACUUAUUCGUCAUGGUGAAAGAGUUUCAAAGGGAUGGUAUAAGUAUCUACACUCUAAAAUUGUCCAAUUUCAUUCUGGUCGUAGGAGAAUUAUUCGUGGUUAUUUGGACAGUGUUCGUGGGAACAUUGAGUUGGUGAAUUCAAAUGGAAAUAUUGAUAGGACAAGAUUGUAUAACAUGUACUGGUCGGUUCUAGUUGCUUCUGCUCCGGUGUAUGAGAAAGCAAUGGUCCUUUUGGUUAACCCUGAGCAACUUUCAAUUCUGAAUACAGCCUCCAGAUUUUCAACUGCCGUUUGGAUUAUUCGCAAUCAAUUUCUUGGGGAUAAUCCCCCUUCGAAGGACUCAAUUCGACAUGCUCUUCAAUCACUUCUUGCACUUCAAGGUGUCUGGGGUGCUGGAGUUGAGACUGUUCGAUCUCUUUGGCUCUACUUCAGUCGAAAACUCGACUCAAUGAGUGACAUACAAUCAAAGGGUGCUUCGUCGGGAUUUUCAGAAAUCCACCCCUUUUACCUAUUUUGUGAAGCGACAGUUCAAACCUUUUUGGUCUACCCAACUGACGUCUUGAAUAUAAUUAGGUUAGCUUUACCCACGUUAACACGUCAGGGAGUUUCAAACUACUUUAUCCUUUUGGAAAAUAUACUUGAAGGUGUUUCAAAUUCACCGCGUAAACAAAAGGCUGCUACUGAACUGGCUGAAUUUGUGAUAUCUCUGUUCGGUGGUGUAGAAGAGGCCCAAUUGAAAUGGUCUUGUGAUUGGGAGGUGGGUCGUCGAUGUGCAGCUCUGGAAGGUCUACAAAAACUGCUCACUUCUUUCUCAAAAGAUUCACCUACCACUUUGGAGCUUGAUGAGGCCUUAACGCGUCUAAUGCAACUUACCUCACUUUUUAGAGAAGCCCUUCUUCGUCAGAUUAGUAGGAAAAACGAAGAAUCUACUGGGAGUUUUUCAAACUUCACUUCUGUUAGAUGGCGAGAUAACUUGGAGCGAGUGGCGCUGUCGUUUUGUAAAUCUCUAUUAUCAAGUGUGGAUAAAACGAAAUUUAUUUCCAGUCUUUUGGACACUUCUCUCAUUGACCUUUUGUGCUCUUCUGAACGUGGAGAUUGGCUUCCUUUUCUACGGGAUUUUUUAUCCUCCCUUCGCUCUGUUGGAAUUUCUUGUCUCAAUGAUCUAAAUGUACUUAUUUGGUCUGUGAUCUUUCCCCAAUUUGUCUCUCGAGCUUGCACAAAUUCUUCAUGGUCAAAAGAGUCAGCUGAAGUCGCAGUUCAGUUUAUCAAUAUUGCUUUAACAUCACCUUUACCGGAGACAAAAUCUCCUUGGGACAUUCUCCAAAAUUUAGUCUUCAAGACAGACCUUGAUUUCUCGUUUAGAACGAAAUUUUUCAGUCUUCUGUUCAGCGAUUUCACUUUGUUGGAGUCUCUUCUUUCAAACCCCAAAAUGGACAUAGAACAAGCUUGGCAGUUCUAUACAAUUUGGUUAACCUACAAGCUUCUAGGCGAAAAAACAGAUAAUGGCAGUAAAGUUCUCGGUUCUCUAUUUAACAGAGGCUGUGAUUUGCCUGAUGGGAUUUUUGGUCUUUUGGACACAUCCGAUGGAGAAAUCUCGAUGAUCAGACUUUGCAAUCGGUUUGAAGCUGCUGAGACUUUUCAAGAUCGUAUGACUUUCAAGUCUGCCAUCCUUCGUCGAUUAGCUCCUCUUGGCAAACUCUUGAACUCAAUUAUGGAAAGGUUUAUCACACCGCAAUUAACUGCGCAAUCGUAUUCAGAUAUCGAAAUUACGAAAGCUUAUAAAGCUACCUCUUCGCUCUUUCAAGUCACUUCUGCUCUUCUCUAUUCACCUGAUGGCGUCUUCAAUGAACUCUUCGCCUCUUUUCUGAUGCCACCUUGGAGACACCUUGAAAAGGAAGCACCAAACAAGAAGAUAAUAAUUCAAAACUGCGUUGCUGAAAGUUUACCCAGUUUUCUUCGUGGAAUCGCUCAGCUGAACUUCCUUACAGAUCCUUUCAUUAUUCGAAUGCUGCGAGAGCUUCUACGAGCUGCGUUCUUCGCUUUUCCCGAAGGAAUGGAUUUUGUUGUGUGGUUAAAUUUUUGCCAGAAAAUGGACGAAGGAACUAUGACCAUGGUUCAAAGGUUGAGGUGUGUUUGA